UUCUACGCCAUCCUCGUGUGCUAGUAACCGCACCAGUCCUCCCCGCGUUCGCCAGCCCCGAAUGCGCUACAGCCUGAUUGCUGUCCACCCCGAUGUCUUAGACCUUGCCAGGCAGGACGGCGAUUAUUGUAUUGAUAGGACAGCUCGACGAAUGUAGGGGGGUUUGAAGUGGUGAAGUGAGAAGACGGGAGUUGCUUGGUGCAAUAGUGUGUAAGGCGCAGGUAGGGAGAGCGAGAGAGGGCGAAAGAUCUGGAGAGAAAGAGGUCAGACACGGUUGCUGUGUGUCCUGUGUAGGUUUUGAGAUGUGAGUUGCGAAGACCAGGUCGAAUUCACUUGUGGUGCGAGUGAAAGAGGGGGCGUGCUUGCAGUGGCGUAGUACCAUUUAGAGGAGAUUCUGUGCUCGGAGACGCUUGUUUGGCUUGCGUGGCGUAGCCAAUCUAUGAAGUUGGCAGGGGUGGUGGGAGCAUUGUUGAGACUGUGAGUGAAAGCGCUUUGUGCUUGAGGGUUGGCGCUGCUUUUCGCGACAGAGAGCCUACACUUCAGGGUUCGCGCAAAUGGCGAUUGCACCUAAAAAAAUCCGUAAAGCAAUCGGUGGUCUGAAGGAUCAGACUAGUAUCGGCAUUGCUAAAGUAGGUGGCGCGAAAGCACCGGACCUGGAUGUAGCGAUUGUGAAGGCAACCAGCCAUGACGAUUACUUCGACGAGAAACAUGUCCACGAAAUUCUGCACCUUACGUCCCACUCCCGUGGUUACGUGAAUGCGUGCGUCAAAGGUCUUGGCAGGAGGUUAGCCAAGACACACGAUUGGAAUGUGGCGUUGAAGGGUCUCAUGCUUUGUCAUCGCCUUCUUCGCGAUGGUGACCCUAACUUCGAAGACGAAUUGAUGCAUGCCUCUCGACGUGGUCGCCGCAUUGUGAAUCUUUCGGACUUUAAAGAUGAAACUCAUUCAAAUGCGUGGGAUUACAGCUCUUUUGUUCGGACCUAUGGAUUGUUCCUUGACGAGCGUUUAGAUUGCUCGUUGCAAGUAUCGGGGAAGAACAAGAGCCGUAGCGGUAGAGGCAGAGGCAGAGGCAGAUCUUCCUACAGCAAAUCUCCUGUGAGAUCAAGUUACCGAGGUUCCCCGGAUGGUCGAUCUCGCUACGCCGGGUCUCCUGAUUCUCGUGCGUACAGCAUUGCAACUACGAAUGAUACCCGACGUCAUAGCAAUUACGACGGGGGACUGUCGCCACGAUAUAGCAAUAAGUCAGGGCGCAAAGAUUCUUGGAAAGAUGACAGGUUUGACGACAAAGAAGAAGAAUCCGACAAUGUGCCAAUCAAGGAGAUGAGUGUCAAGCAGCUGCUCGGAAAACUUCCUGCCAUGCAGAGAUUGAUGGAACGAGUGCUCGGGUGUCGACCCGCUGGUGCCGCAAAGACCAACCGCUUGGUCCAGCACGCCUUGUACCCCAUCAUCAAGGAAAGUUUCCAGCUCUACAGAGAUAUUUGCGACGGUUAUGCAGUCCUUCUGGAAGGUUUCUUCGACAUGGAGCAAAAAGAUAGGGUUAAAGCGUACGAAACUUUUAUCAAGUCCGCCAAACAAGCGGAUGAGCUACACGAUUUGUACAAAAUGUGCAUGCAUUAUGGUGUUGGUCGAUCUUCUGAGUACAUUGAAGUUUCACCUGUUCCUAAAGAGCAAUUGAACAGUCUGGAGGAGUACAUGAGGUCGAACGUGCCAAGUCAAACCAGGAGCAAAAGCCCCGAGGUUGCUCCUUUGCAGCUUGAGUAUAGGGCCCCAUCUCCUGAGCGUUCUCCAGAACCUGAGCGUGCACCAGAGCCUGAACCUGCACCUCCUCCGAAGGAAACAGCUCCUGCAGCUGUAGUCGAACCAGAGACAGCCCCAGCCCCUGCCCCAACGCAAUCUGUAGGAGACUUGCUUAACAUGGACCAGGCUACCAUAUCUACUGAAGAUCACAGCGACAAACUUGCUUUGGCUCUCUUUUCCACGUCAACCACAACUAGUACCUGGGAGACUUUCAAUUCAGACGAUCAGAAAAAUUCUCAACAAACGUUCAAUUCCUCAGAAUCUGGAAAGGCUGGUUGGGAGCUAGCCUUGGUAGAAUCUGCGAGUCAUCUGUCGAAGCCUCCCCCUGACAGGCCCUUGGCCGGUGGCUUUGACAAUUUACUCUUGGACAGUAUGUACAACCAGGGUGAAGUUCUGCAGAAACAAGCUAUUGCUUCAGCUCCAUCGGGCAGUGCAAGCAGUGUGGUUCUCACAAAUCGCGCUUCUGCCUUUCUUGCUUUGCCUGCACCUCCUGGAACAACACCAUCAUCAGUGAACGGAGAGGAUCCCUUUGCCGCAUCCGCCGUUGUUCCCCCUCCUGCUUAUGUCCAGAUGUCAGAUCUGAACACGAAGCAACAGCUCUUAUCUCAAGAACAAAUUAUGUGGCAACGCUACCAGAUGGAGGGUAUGCGAGGCGAGGCGACUUUCCAGAAGGUAUUAAAUAACCCUUAUGCUGGCAUGCCAGUUCCAGGCCCAAUGGUGCAUCCCUACCAAAACCCUUACAAUGUCGGCAUGCCCAUGGGUUACCAAGCACCGUAUUGAGUUGCUACCGUUAGCAGCUUGUAAAUUUUGCUAGUUAGCUAUGUAUUGCCUUAUUGAAUUACUUGUAUAUUGUGGAGGAAUUUAGAUACGAGGUGUUAAGCCUACUUUUUCCUUCCCCAACCUGUAGCCAUCAUUCUUUUUCCAAAUGGUAUUGCGUGUUGGUGAAGCACAAGACGUGUUUUGAUGCUUCAUUUCGUCGUCGCUUCUUUCCAAACACACUUUGCAUGGAAGGAAAUCGCAUUGCGUUACCUUCAAAAGAAAUAUCAGUACUGUCUCAUUUACUUGUA